CCUUCUGAAAAGGUUUAGCUCUCUGUGCAUUUCUGAGUUGUGAGGAAACACACUUGAAAGCUUUCUUUCUUAAAUACCCUUUCAGUACCUUGUCUGUGUUUGACACACUCCCAGAAAUGGAGUGAAUAAAGGAGCAACUUUAUUUCUGAAGUCACAGCAGAGCUAUGGGUGAUUUAAACCAAAUGACAGGAAAUUAAAACCACUGCAUGGGACAUUUCACUGAAGCAGAUGUUAACAAAAUGGUAAUGUUUCCAACAUCCUGAUUGUUCUGAGAUGCCUCGAAUUUGGUGGGGUUUUAUUCCUUUUUAUAUCAUCUCCCUUCUAUGCCCAGUGCCAAAAGGGCAGGAAAACAAUUUCAAUAAAGCUUCAACCCAUGGUGGGUCUCCAGAGAGCCCUUGCUAUGAUGCUAAACAGAGGCCAAAGUACUGCAUACCAGAUUUCAUCAAUGUGGCUCUUGAACGAGAGGUAAUUACUUUCAACACUUGUGGUCGUGUACCCCAGAAACUUUGUUAUUUCCUGGACUCCACAAAUAUAACAUCACGUAGGUGUCAGCUGUGUGAUCAGAAAAACGCAGAGACAUCUUACCCACCUUCAUAUAUGACUGACACGGAUGCCCAAACAUGUUGGAGGUCAGAAAGUGGAAUCACACUUCCACAAAAUGUUACCUUGACUCUAUCUCUGAGUCGUAGGUUUGAGCUAGUUUAUGUCAGCUUGCGUUUUUGUACCCCACGCCCUGACUCUAUGGCAAUCUAUAAAUCAAUGGACUAUGGAAAGACCUGGAUUCCUUUCCAAUUUUAUUCUUCUCACUGCCGUCGAGUAUAUGAUCAAGCAACUACAAGUGCCAUUACAAAGCCCAUGCAACAUGAAGCCACAUGUACUGACUUUCAAACAGGGGUCAAACCUCUCACCAAAGGACUUGUGGCAUUUAUGCCACUAGCAGGACGUCCUUCAGCUCGUAGAUUUGAAUAUAGUCCUGUUUUGCAAGACUGGGUAACUGCUACAGACAUACGUGUGGUAUUUAAUCGUCUACAUUAUGGCAAAAAAAUCGGGAUUCGAAGAAAGACAGCUUUUUUUGGUAUAUCAGAACUUCAGGUUGGAGGAAGGUGUAAAUGUAAUGGGCAUGCUUCUCGUUGCAUUGAUGGCAAAGAUGGGCCUUUGUGUGAAUGUCAGCACAACACAGUUGGUCCAGAGUGUGAUGUUUGCAAACCCUUUUAUUAUGAUAGACCCUGGCAGAGAGCAACACCAAGCAAUGCACAUGCAUGUGUCGCUUGUGAGUGCAAUUCACAUUCUCAUCGUUGUCGAUUUAAUAUGGAGCUAUACAAGCUUUCUGGUAGAAAAAGUGGAGGUAUAUGCUUAAAUUGCCGACACAACACUGCUGGGCGCCACUGUCACUACUGCAAGCAAGGGUACAAACGAGAUAUGAGUAAGCCUAUUUCCAGUCGAAAGGCCUGCAAGCCCUGCCAGUGUCACCCGAUAGGAGCAGUCAAUGCCAUGUGCAACCAAACAACAGGGCAAUGCCAGUGCAAAACUGGAGUUACUGGUAUGACUUGUAAUCGCUGUGCUCUAGGAUAUCAGCAAAGUCGCUCUGCACACAUGCCAUGUGUCCGUAUACAGGAAGAGAUGACAACCACUGCAGCAUAUCCUGUAGAAUGGAAAGCAGGUAUAUUAAAUUGUCAGUCAUAUUGCAAGCCAUCCGAUAGCCGUGUGCAUAUGAAUCUACGAAAAUACUGCAAGAAGGACUAUGUUCUUCGUGCUCAACUGUUGUCAAUGGAACAGUCUGGAGAGUGGUGGCAAUUCACAGCCACGGUGCUGACUGUAUACAGACAGAGGAGGGUGCCCAUUCGCCGUGGUGAACAGCCUCUUUGGGUACCAGAUCAGGACUUAGCAUGUGACUGCCUAAGAAUGCAAGUUGGAAAGUCCUACUUAAUUAUUGGUAAUGAUGAAGAGUCACCUGAUCCAGCUCGUUUAAUUUUGGAUAAGAAUAGUCUGGCACUCCCAUGGCGUGAUGUUUGGGCACACAAAUUGAGACGUUUUCAGCAGCAGAACCGCCGUGGAAAAUGCAGAACUGGAUAAAAGGGAAUUGCUUAGUAAUGCAAAUAUUAAGUGUCAGUUGUCUCAAGAACUAGAUCCCAUGUAGAAUAACAAUUUUGACCUGCUAUAUGAGCUUACAGUCUUCUAUGCGUAUCCCUACCUCUGCAUCACUGAAUAUUUUAGCUGUAAGUUCUGGCCAGGACAUAUAUAAUUACUAGAUAACUAAAUAUAACAUUAUAUAGAUUGUGUAGUUAGACUUUGCAGAAUAAUCUAGAUAAUGAUAAGCAAACUUAAAAUGUGUGUUCCAAAAUUCACCACCUUAUUGCAGUUAGUUUUGUUUUCAUACAUGAUGUAAUUUGUGCUUAAGAGUACUUUUAUAUAUUUGUAGAAAAGGUAGGAUGCUCCCUGGUUGUUUUAAAUAAGAUUACAUAAUGUAUUGCAUAAGUGAAUUGUAAUUAUUUUCUCCAUCAUUUUUAACUGAUUAGGACUAGAGUGAUUACAUUUUCUUUCUGUCAUCUAGGGACACUUUAUAUGUGUAUCAUGCUAAAAUCCAAUUUCAAUUGGGGGUGCAUCAGAAUUUAAUAUUGAUUUAAAAAGGUGCAAAUAGUAUUAGCUGCAUCUUAAAUGUUACCAUUUCAAAACCAGUAAUACAAAUAUUUGGUUGAAAGGCUGGGUUGGCAACACUGCGACCAUACAAGAAGAAUUUGAGCUCCUUUUUGAGCUCAGUUACCCAGUUUUCUUUUUUUUUUUUUUUUUUUUUUGUUUAACUCUUCUUUAUUUCCAACAAAGCAAUAAAGCAAAAUGGUCUGUAAGAAAAGUAAAAUAAACA